AUGUUUAAAAGAAUGAAUUUCGGAUCAAAGAAUCAUCAGCCCGUACCUGACCCCUCAUCAUUGUCAAUUCAGCAGUGCCAUGAUCCGAGACGAAUUUCACAGGCAUCCAUCAAUUCCAAUAUUUCAUUCAAUGAAUCAAAAUCUCAAGAUGAGCGAGCUUAUUCUCAUUAUAAUGGCCAUGAGUCCCUUGUUGAUCCAACUACAAUUGGAUUGUCACCUUCAAAAAGUCAUCCUAGUCUCGAACCCGCGUUCUAUGACUCUCACCGACCCAAAUCUUCUUCCGCCACCUUACCACCCCUUAUGAUCCCCGAGACACCUGUGCCGACUCGCAGAGAAGGCCAGCCUCUCUUAACACCCGGCUUGAGCGACACCACCUCACCUAGUCUCAAGAACCGCUCUUCUUAUUCGUCAGCUUCAUCUUUCCAGGAACAAAAACAUGUACCAACUAUCAGCGAAGAUGAAUCUUGGGUUCAGCAGGGUAUUCAGUUCCAUGAAACCGGGCAACUCGAAAAAGCAACCAAUUUGUUCCGUCAGGCUGCCCAGAAAGAGAACCCAAUUGGUAUGUUUCUCUACGCUGUGUCUCUACGCCAUGGAUGGGGUGCCCAACGAGAUGAAUUCCUUGCAUUUACCUAUCUUCAGAAAGCUGCCGAGAUUGCUAUUCAGGAUCUCGCUACACUUUCGGAUGCUGCUUCAAAAUCUGCCUCUAAGAAUGAGCUGGUUAUGGCCAUUUAUGAACUAGGUGUUUCUUUUCGUCACGGCUGGGGUUGUAAGAAGAACAAGGAGAGAGCCGUACAAUUCUUCACUAUUGCCGCUGAUCUCGGAGACGCAGACGCACAGAAUGAUCUAGCACAUUGUUAUUACCAUGGACAUGGUCUCAAAAAAGAUCACUACAAAGCUGCUUAUUAUUAUCGUAAAGCCGAGAAGCAAGGGCAAGGCAUUAUGGGCAACUCGUGGAUCCACAAGAGCAAAUAUGAUAAACCUAAACCUAAACAUUAA